AUGAAUCCACCAUCAGCGCCGAAUCCGGCUGGCGAUGCUGGCGUCCUUCCCGAGUUUGGCGGCCUCAGCAUCCGUGAUGCGCCAUCCCCGCCGGCCGAGGAAGAACUCGAUAUUAUGAGCAUGUCCCGAGAGACCGCCGUGAAGACGAUUAUGCGCUCAGUCCUGUCCCUGGCGAAUGCCGCUGGCGACAUUCCUGCAACACCGCCGCUAUCUCGCCCACGGACCCCAGUUACCCCGGUUGGAAAGGAAAACCAGGCUGGCCCGGUACGGCACCACCGACGUACGGCCUCCAGGCCAGCAACACCCAUUCCAGCCGAAAGAGAGAAAACGCAACCGACAGAGCUUGCACCACCAGAGGCGAGCCACGAUGAGCCCACCAUCACCCACGACAUCGGCGCAGGGGCGGAGCCUGAGUGGGUACAGCGGGCCAACAUGGCCCGAAAAUUCUUCUCAAAGACCGUUCCAAAGGUCGGCUUAGAAGACUAUGUCAAUCGUAUUCAGCAGUACUGUCCGUUAUCCACCGGAGUUUGGCUUGCUGCUGGUUCCUACAUUCUGCGACUUUGUGUCAUUGACAAGAGCGUUCCGCUCACGCACCGCACAAUGCAUCGACUGGUCCUUGCUUGUCUUGUUGUGGCUAUGAAAUCUCUUGAGGACCAUCGCUGGCCACAGAAGCGUUUUGCUGCUGUAGGCGGCGUGGAUGACGUCGCGCUUAGCCGGUUGGAGCUUUGUGUAGAGUUCCUUUUGCAUUUUGAUCUUCAGAUUCUUUCGCCGGAGAAGAUGAGGGAGUUGACCGUCACGCUACAAAAAGCUGGGCAGGCUGCCACGAUAGCCACAAGGUUGCCGUCGUCGUUCAAUCUGCGGAUAUCGAACCCAAAGUACCGGCAGGCGCAGGCCUGA